AUGGCUGAGGAGACUUCCCAACCAAAAUUUAAGAGGAUAUUUGGUGGGCAAAUCUUAUCUGCCAUUGGCAAGGAUGCAAAUGACAACAUUUUUCUAGUAGUCAUGGCUGUUGUGGAACAAGAAAUCAGGGAGUCUUGGAUAUGGAUUUUGGAAAUUUUUGCUGAUGAUAUAGGGCUUAUAUCUGCAAUAGAGACACUAUUCCCUACCGUGGAGUAUAGAUACUGUGUGAAACACAUCUACAACAAUUUCAAAGUUGAUCACAAGAGAUUGGAGCUGAAGGAUGCAUUGUGGAGGUGUGUUGCUGCCACAACAGUAAGGGAGUUUAAGAGAUGCAUGCAGUACAUAAGGGAUUUGGAUGAAAAUGCAUAUGAGUAUCUUGUAAACAUUGCACCUGCACAGUGGACAAGGUCACACUUCACUCCUAGGGCCUUAACAGAUUGUUUGGACAAGCCUAUCUUGACAAUGUUGGAGUGGAUUAGGGUUAGACUUAUGACUAGGCUUUACACAAAAAGGGAAGGGAUACAGAAGUAUGCUAGAAAGUUAUGUCCAAGCAUACAAGAUAGGUUGGAGAAAUUGAAGGUUGAAAGUAAGGCAUUUAGUGCUACCCUAGCUGGUAGUUUCCUUUAUGAGAUAGGCAGUCAAUAUGAGAGGCAUGUAGUUGAUUUGGUGAAGAAGACAUGUAACUAUAGGUCUUGGGAUUUAAAUGGCAUUCCUUACAAACAUGUCAUAACAGCCAUUUAUACAAACAUUGAGACAGUAGAAGACUAUACCCACCCAUGCUACUUCAAAGAAACUUACAUGGAGAUAUACAAGGAGGUACUUCCUCCCAUGCCUGGCCAGUUAGAAUGGGCUGAGACUAGACAGCCUGCUCCCCUGGCACCUCAAAUAUACAAACCACCAGGCAGACUACCCAAGCAAAGAAAGAGGGCUUCUGAUGAGCCUAGGAACCCUUACAAAGCAAGUAGACUAAACAAACUUGUAAGAUGUGGGAAAUGCAAAAAGGAAGGGCAUAAUUCAAGAGAUUGCAAGGCUGGCAUCACUGGGGAGACACCAUGGCAGAGGAGACAGAGACUUCAAAGAGAAAAAGCUGCAAAGGAAGGGGUGCCUGCACCUAGAUCUGCACCUCAGCCUGCACCCCAGCAGCCUACCCAGACCUACAACAUGAUGUCUGCCACUCAGCCUUCAUCCUCACAGCAAGGAAAUCAACCUAAGCCAUCUCACAAGAGAGCAGGAUGGUUCUUUUCCUCACAACCAGAGUUUCACACACCUAGGGAGACCUGGGAUACCUUACCGAGUUCUUCACAGCCUUCACAUGCAAAUGGGAGCACUGGUGGUGUGAGGACUAAAGGACAGCUUGCUGCAUAA